CGGGCUGCUGAGGAACGCCUCAUUGUGUCGUUUGACCCGGAGUUGGCGCACCUCAUCCCCGGCUCUGUCUCCGCGUGAGCUCGCUCUCUUGGUGGAUUUAUUUGCACGAACCUCUCGGUGCUGGCUGGGAAAGGAUCCCCUUACCGGCUCGGUCCCGGUUUGAUUUUGGAAAUAAGCGGAGCGGCUGUGGAUUAAUGUGAAUGUUCCGGCUGAACGGACUGAGCCUCAACGGAGUCUUUGGAGAUUUGCAGAGAGAAAGAUUUAUAAACUCACAGGGACAAUCAGGAUUGAAACGGCCUUCCCUUCUUGGCUUUGGUAGCGUCUCGCUCAGUCACUGGUUCUGCUCCGACGCUGCCUGUGCUUGACACUCCCAUAUUCAAGGACAUCUGAGGGGGUUCACCCCCGCCUCUUGACUUGUUCUUCACGUCACUGUCGCCUCUGCAGCUGGAAGAGCCACAGAUGAGACACAGCAUAUUUUAAUACUCGGAUGUUCGCGAUGACCCACUGACACCGACCUCCUCCACCCUCCCUCGUUCUCAAGGUCUCAUGAAAAUGGCCCCGACCGGCUGGCUGUGGCUGUGGCGGCUGCCGUUGCUGCUAACGAUCCUCAAGCUUCGUUUGUGUUUUCUGUCUGUGUCGGCCUCAACCACAUCCUUCCCCAAAGACCUGGAGCCACUCCAUGUUGUCAGCUCGGAGCAGUCGUACCAGUAUCCAGGCUUUCAGGGUCUGCUGCAGGACAACGACACGCUGCGCCUGGGUCUGGACUUUCAGAGAAUGUUGAGGAUCAAUCACAUUCUUUACAUUGCAGCAAGGGAUCAUGUGUUUGCUGUGAACCUCACUACGGCAUCAGAGGAGUUUGUUCCACAGCUGAAGCUGACGUGGAGAUCCAAAGACGUCAGCAAGUGUACAGUCAGGGGAAAGAACAGCGAUGAGUGCUACAACUACGUCAAAGUUCUGGUACCUCGAAACGAUGAGACUUUGUUUGCUUGUGGUACUAAUGCCUUCAACCCAACCUGCCGGAACUACAAGAUGACCUCCUUGGAGCAGGUUGGGGAGGAAGUGGUGGGUCAGGCUCGCUGUCCGUUUGAGUCCAUUCAGUCCAAUGUUGGAUUGUUUGCUGGGGGAGAUUUCUAUUCGGCCACCAUGACGGACUUUCUAGCAAGCGAUGCUGUUAUCUACAGAAGCCUGGGCGAGGGCCGACCAGUUCUCAGGACCGUCAAGUAUGACUCCAAAUGGCUCCGAGAGCCUCAUUUCCUGCAUGCCAUCGACUAUGGUAACUAUGUCUACUUUUUCCUGAGUGAGAUCGCAGUGGAGUAUACAGCCUUGGGCAAGGUUGUGUUUUCUCGAGUCGCGCGUGUCUGUAAGAAUGAUAACGGAGGAUCACCCAGAGUUCUGGAAAGAUACUGGACUUCCUUCCUGAAGGCCCGGUUGAACUGUUCGGUUCCAGGAGACUCCUUCUUCUAUUUCGAUGUUCUUCAGUCUCUCACCAACGUGCUGCAGAUCAACCAGAGGCCAGCAGUCGUUGGAGUGUUUACCACUCAGUCCAACAGCAUACCAGGCUCAGCAGUUUGUGCCUUUUACAUGGACGACAUUGAGAAAGUCUUCAACGGGAAGUUCAAAGAGCAGAGAACCAGUGAUUCAUCCUGGACUCCAGUACCAGACGAACAAGUUCCCAGACCAAGACCAGGUACUUGUGCAGGCGACGGUCCGGCCUCAGACUACAAAUCUUCGGUUCAGUUCCCAGAUGAGAUGUUGACUUUCAUCAAAUCUUAUCCUCUGAUGGAUGAGGCCGUUCCCUCUGUCAACGACCGGCCCUGCUUCACACGGACAUCGAGCAGGUCCAAGUUGACCCAGAUUGUGGUGGAUGUUUCAGCCGGUCCCCUUAAGGACAGAACAGUCAUGUUCUUGGGCUCAGACGAUGGCCGUGUCCUGAAAGUUCUGGCUAGCACACAUCCCAAUGACAGCUUUGGAUCCAAACUCCUGGAGGACAUCGAUGUUUAUAACCCCUCCAAGUGCAAUGUUCAGGGUCAGGAGGACAGGAGGGUUCUGGGACUGGAGUUGGACAAGGACCAUCAUGCACUGUUUGUUGCUUUUACCAGCUGUGUAAUCAGAGUACCACUCAGUCGCUGCACCCAACAUGGAGCCUGUAAAAACGCCUGCCUGGCCUCCCGUGACCCUUACUGCAUCUGGCUUCGCACCGGGACAUGCGCCAACAUGGCACCAGGCUUCAAGGCCGGGUUCGAACAGGAUAUAGAGGGCGACCACUCGUUUUACCCCGACAACUGUCACACUGAUGUGUUGGCCACAACACGAAACCAGGAAUCAGCAGCUGACUCUGCCUACGGUGUUCGUCGUCCUCCUGAGCUGGAUCAGCGUGCCAGCGCCAACGUCCACUACACCCUGCUGAUCGCCUGCGUGUUCGUGGCAUUCUUUCUGGGAGCCAUCCUAUCGGGUUUCCUGGUGUCUUGUUACUGCAGCCGCAGCGCAGCUCACCGAGCCCACAGGCUAGGGAAGGACCCCGAAGCAUCACUGCCGCACGCUCUGUCGCUACGAUCGCUCGCCAAGCUGAACGGGCUUCUGGAUGGGCAGCCGAAGGAUGACAAACUGGAUGUGUCCACGCCAAAAAUGUACAGCUCCUUCAUCCCUAACGGGCGGGCCGAGCCGCACCUCCACACCCCUGGACAUCAGGGCCUGCAGCUGGGAGACCCUGACCUCAACCUCUCACAGUCUCUUUCUCAGGGUGAUGGAGAACUCUCUGGCUUGCCGACGCCUGACUCCACCCCAGAACUCCCUUUCAGGAACAUGAAGGGUUUGCGACAUCAUCAGUAUGAGAAGAACCAAAACUGCAACAACGCCAAGGAUAACAACCCCAAGUCAGGUCCCAGCUGCUCCAAAUCCAACCAGGGCUUCAUGGCUGUGGUUGGGAAUUCUUUGAGCCAGCAAGUGUUUCCCUUUUCUCACCACAACGGUGGCGGUUUGAGCAACGGGGCAGCACAUGGGGCAGGCGCCUCGUCAACUUCACUGCACCUCCUUGAGGACAGGAAAAUUCCCAAUGAUGAGCGAGCUGCCACCGCCGCCACAGCAGCUGCAGGAGGAGGAGUGGGUGGAGCUCCACAUCACCACCACUCCCAGCAGUCCCUACCCCAGACAGUGGUGGACGUGUCUGCACUGGAUGAGCUGCUCAAACACAUCCACGAGGUCAGCGCAUCAGGAACUGGCGGAAUCAAGGUCCUCACGUCUACCUCGUCGUCCUCGCUGUUCCCUGGACCGUCCUCUUCAGGAGGAGGACAUCAAAGUGGUCACCAUCACCACCAUCAUCAUCAAAAUCAACACAACCACACUCGAACACAUCACUACAACCACAGCCAUCAUCACAGCAACCAUCACAACAACAACAGCAGCAGCAGCAGCAGCCACCAUCACCAGCAGCAGCAGAUUCCGGAGACAGAACCAACUUCCUAUUACAGCACCUCCACACUGCCGAGGGAUGGCGUCCCCAAACGCUUGGAUUCAGCUCCUCAAAACUCCACCUCGUCCUCUGCCACGUCUUCGUCUUCAUCCUCCUCUUCAAACAACCCCACCUCCUCCACCUCCAUCCCUUCUUCGUCCUCUUCCUCUUCCUCCACUCCGCUCCAACAGCAGGUGAUCCCGGAGCGGCCUGGAGGGAGCGAUGUCCCCGUAGCGCGUCACCAGUCCCAGCGCCACUCCCUCAUCAAGAUGGGUGCAGCAGGUGGCGCUGUGCCCCGCCAUCACAGCUUCAACCAACGGGGGACACACGCACACUUUCUGGCCAGAAUGAAUACAAACAACAACAGCAGUAGCAGCAACAACAACCGACCCCCAGGUCCAGCCGCGGCGGCAAAUACAAACACCAGCAACAACAAUGAGAGUCAACGGGUGUCUGUCGCUAGUGCCUGUCUUACACGGCAACACAGUUACAGCGAAGGGCCGCAUGCGCAGCGGGCGGCAAUAGUCCGAAGAACGGUGUCCCUGAAGCCACAGAUCCCACCAAAACCGCUUUUUCUGCCAAAUACAGCAACGUCUGCAGUAACGGAGGCAGGAAAGUACAACUACUAAAACUGCAGGUGGACAAGAUGCCACCCAAACAUGGCUGCAAUACUCCCCACAAAGAAAAUAACUGAAAUGCCGGCUGGGGCCGUGCAAAGGGACAAAAUGAGCACCGAUGGGCCAAAAAGACAAGAGAGACCUCAGUCCUCUUGAUUCCUUAUCACAGCCUUUCAGUUGUACUUAUCGUCAUGCUGUUGACGGCGGGCCAUCUGUUGUCUCUCUGAGGCACAAUUGAGACAGACCUGCUUCUUUGCAGGGCAGGAUUCCUUGUGGAGACUCGCUCUUCACAGCAAAUGUGGAUCAAAACCAGUUCAGACAGGAAACGUCUGAGAAACAUUCCAGAAGCAGGGCGAAAGGUGUUAAUGAUUCAAAAGGAGUCCCCAAGGCUCGAGGUGGCCUGGAAAAAUUCCUGAUUAAUGCAGUUUUCUUACGAGAGCUUUGAUCUAAUGUCCCCAGUCGCUGCACCUUGGAACGGGGCCUGGAUUUCAAUUGCAAAUAUUUAAAAAGCAGGGAAUUGGACAAAUGCAGACCUGAGAUGAACUGAGUCUGGAACCGUUGCACCACUUUGAGUCCAAGGAUGGAAAAGCUUUCUGCAGAAGCAAGUCAUAGAAAAGUCAGAAAAAAUCAUCUGCUUAGCAGAUCUGCUUUUUCUGACUCUUAAUUAAUACAAUUUCAAGAAAUGUUCACUGUCUGAAAAAAGUAGAGUCCAUUUGUUCAAAGCCAAGACUUGAAAAUAGUUUUAUUGACAAAAACAGAGGAAGAGGGAAGUUACGGUCUACGCGAGAUCACAUUAAAGUGUUAUAAUUCAGCAGUCAGGAGAUCCAGAUCAGAGUAUUUACCCCCAUAUUAACACAGAAACCAGAUUAAUGCUGCUUUCAUUGAUAUCAGAAAAAAUAAAUAUGGAGGUCUAGUCGACGAUUAAGAAAAGAUUUCUGAUCAACCAUUUCAGCACAUUGCUAAUUAAUGCUUUCAUUAAACUUGGCACUCAUCAUUUUCAUCCUUCAUGGGUUCAAAUUACUUAAUUGGCUCAAGUGAAUAAUUAAUCUCUCAAAUUAUUAAAUGUCUGUCUUCUGCAUCUUUACUCUUGAGCAGUUUUACAUCUGCAGCAUUUGCAGGAUAUGUUUCCACUCAAAGGUUCUGUGAAGUCAAGCAGUUAAAGUGCUGGCUGCUAUUUUCAGACUUUGAUUUGAGAAAUGAGGAAUAUUAGUUUAUCAGAAAUGUUUUCUCAUCACCAGCUGAUCACAGGAGGAUCUUAGCAAUGAGAGUUCACCCAAAUAACGACUCACUUACCUCCACUGCAUUGGUUUCCGAAGUGUUGAAGUCUGCUUGCCAGCAUCUGCAAUUUAGUUCUGAAAUAUGUUUGAGAAUGGGAAUAUAAUCAAUUGUACACAUGUUUGUUAAUCUUGAGGCAAGUAUACUCAAAUCUAAUAUAUGGAAAAUAUAAAGACCUGACUGUGAUGCUGGAGAUUGUUCUUUAGGUUGUUUCAGAUUCUUUAUUUUGGGGGAAAUAAAAGUCUGCACCAUAUGAUGUUGCCUUCCUGGAGCUCAAAAGGACCUGCAUGACAACUUGUAUACAUUUAACUCAAAACUAUUUGUUCACAUGUAACAUCAGUGUUUUCUCAAAUAAAUUGAUAUCAGAUAC